AAUUUAAAUUUACGGCAAAUUGUUAAAGUGAUGUUGUACUUUCUAACUGCUUGCAAAUAAAAUGCUUUUCGUGGCCGACAACUAUGUCUGAGGUGAAAUCUGAGUGCGACGCAAGUAUUAUAAUAGGGUUGCUGGUGGUGUUCGCGUUGCCGCUAACGCUACUUGUGCCAGGGUUCUCGGUGUGGAAUGUGGUGCCAAAGUUGCGAGUGACAAGGUUCCACAUCUUUGCCCAACAACUGGACUGGUGUGAACUUAAUGCUGUUAUCAUUGCUCUUCUGGCAUUAUUCUUCUGUCUCUAUCUGGAAAUUCGAAAGCGGAAGUUGGAUGAUUUGGUAGAGAGCGUCCUAAUGGUAAAUCAAGCGACGGACAAGACAAUGGACGUGGAACGGGAACGGCAGACGGCUGCAGUCCGCGUAUGUGUUGACCUUUUGGACGCAUCAGGUGAGCACUACGAGAAUCUUCUCCUACUUCAAGGCGAUCUACGUCACCGCAAGCAACGCCCCCCUUCUAUUCAACCCAGUGGCUCCGAUAUGUAAACCUUUGGCAAAGGUUUGUUGGUUUUAUCGAUCUCGGAAAGCUCAAUGUUUUAAGUUUCAAUCACAUAUCAUAAAAAAAAUAUUGUAAUAUUAUUUUGUGACGUCAUAAUUUGUCAAUAUAACUUUUUUAUUUAUUGAAUAAAAAUAUUUUCCA